UGGGGCAAAAAAAAGAAAAAAACUUGAAUGUUUCUGACGGGGAAAAGGAGUGGGGCAGCAGAAAGUAGCCACAAAUUAGUCUAAAUCGCGUUUAUGUCUUUGUUGCAAUAACCCAGUUAAGUUAUCUCGUUUUUUCCUCACACUUGACAGUUAUUACUACAGAAGGAUCACCAAGACCGCGGCGAUAAGUUUGUGGAAAAGUUGUUUUUUAAAACAUUUUUAAAGCGAGUUUUUCAAAUGAUGUGACAGGACACACAGCAACGAAUAGUCUGCUGUUUUAUUGAGACACUUUUGGACUAUUGAAGUUUCAGGUCACCUGCGGCAGAUUAUUUCACUUCCUCGUUGCUGUGUUUUACGCUUCGACAUUAACUGUCGGUAUUUAAUUCGUGAAUGGGAAUUUCUCUGCUGGCGUUCAGAUGAAAACGGACUUCGGGCAGUAGCCAAAUCACCUGCUAUUCUCUCAAACUAAGUUUUUUUUGGUGUGCCUGCAAACAGGUACUGUAUGUGCGUGUGUGAUUAUUAGCUCUAAUGGUAGCAGCUAGAAAACAUCACCUGUGAGAGGAUUGAACCACCUCACCAUGACAGAGGUCCAGACUCCAUGGCCACAGGGCACAGAGUGUGUGGCCAGGUACAACUUCAAAGGCACAUCGGAACAGGACCUGCCCUUCAACAAAGGAGAUGUGUUGACUAUCAUUAUCGUCACAAAGGAUCCAAACUGGUACCAAGCUAAAAACACUGCAGGUCGCGAGGGAACAAUUCCAGCAAACUAUGUUCAGAAAAGAGAAGGUGUGAAAUCUGGAGGCAAGCUGAGUCUAAUGCCAUGGUUCCAUGGGAAGAUAACUCGGGAUCAGGCCGAGCAGCUGCUUAACCCUCCUGAAACAGGGCUGUUCUUGGUGCGAGAGAGCACCAACUUCCCCGGCGACUACACCCUGUGUGUGAGCUGUGACGGCAAAGUGGAGCACUACCGCAUCAUCUACCACAACGGCAAGCUCACAAUCGAUGAGGAGGGGUACUUUGAAAACCUCAUGCAGCUGGUUGAGCACUACACCAAAGAUGCCGAUGGCCUGUGCACCAGACUACUAAAGCCAAAGGUGGAGGAGGGGACGGUGGCUGCUCAGGAUGAGUUUUCCAGGAGUGGCUGGUCGAUGAACAGAAAAGACCUAAAGCUGCAGCAGGUUAUUGGGAAAGGAGAGUUUGGAGAUGUCAUGGUGGGAGACUACAGAGGGACCAAAGUAGCUGUUAAGUGCAUAAAGAAUGAUGCUACAGCACAGGCUUUUAUUGCAGAGGCUUCUGUCAUGACGCAACUACGGCACGAUAACUUGGUGCAGCUGCUUGGAGUGAUUGUGGAGGAGAACGGGAGUCUGUAUAUAGUUACUGAGUACAUGGCCAAGGGCUGUUUGGUUGACUACUUACGUUCUAGAGGCCGGACAGUACUCGGUGGAGAUGCCCUCCUUAAUUUUGCACUAGAUGUCUGUGAAGCCAUGGCGUACCUGGAAACCAAUAACUUUGUCCACCGAGACUUAGCAGCUCGCAACGUUCUCGUGUCAGACGACAACAUCGCCAAAGUCAGCGACUUUGGUCUCACCAAAGAGGCUUCUUCCGUUCAGGACACUGCAAAGCUGCCUGUGAAGUGGACAGCCCCGGAGGCCCUCAGAGAAAAGAAUUUUUCCACCAAAUCAGACGUUUGGAGCUAUGGCAUUUUGCUUUGGGAGAUUUACUCUUUUGGCCGAGUGCCUUAUCCAAGAAUUCCAUUAAAGGACGUUGUGCCUCGAGUGGAGAAGGGAUACAAAAUGGACUGUCCAGAUGGAUGUCCUGAAGUGGUGUAUAACAUCAUGAAACAGUGCUGGAACCUGGAUCCUGCUGCUCGACCAAGCUUUCAAAUGUUGAAGGAGUGGCUACAACACAUCACCCAAGGGGUGGGAAAAAAACACUGACACACAGAACGUGACUUUCCUCAUCCUUCAUGAUGACCACUUGGACCAUUGCCUAGGAGAAAACAAUAGAUUUCAAAGAACUGUUUUAUUUUGCAAAGUUCACAAAAAAGUUUGCUUUCACACAUUGUCCACAAACUGUUAUUGAAAACUGUCAGCGUUUAUUUUCUUAGCAUCAUCCCUCACCUCAGGUUGUUUAAACUGCAGUAACUCUUAAUUACUGGCUCAGUUGCUCCAGUGAGUCGAUCUGCGCCCGGUUAUAAAGAGUGAAUGAUUAACUGUCAUCGAAGAGAGCUGCCUCAGAGCCACAGUGCCUUGACCUGUUUUUUUGGUGUAUUUCCCGGUUUAUGUCCUUUAUGUUGAUAUAUUGGUGACAUCAUUGCAUUUAAUGAACAUGUAUAGUAAACCGGAACAUAAUUUGACUAAGAUGACUGAUGGUUUUUGAAAUAUCAUUCCUCGCUGUAUUAUUUUUGAGUUUCCAGGUACAUCUUUUUUGCAUGAAUGUUGAAUUAUUUUUGUUAAAGGACUAAGUUAAAAUACCUGUAAUUGUGCAGCUUUAUUUUUUCACUGCUUUAUAGUUUUAAAAUGUCAAAAGUCAAAAAAAGGAAGCACAAACUUGGAAAAAAUGUCACUUUUACUACUGAUAUAAUAACACCAUUCAGCUCAGUCAUGUAGACAUCAUUCCCAUGUACAGCAUUUUCAGUAAAUGUUUUUUUUUUUUUGAGGGAAUUUUUCAGUUUGAACCAAAUGUUCUGAAUUUUGUAUGUAAUGAGAAAAUAAGAAUGUUAUUUACUGUGCUGCCAUUUCAAUAAAAGAAUA